GAGGCAAAGAGACUGUGUGCAGACUUACUAGUUGCUACUUACCGGUCACUAUACUACUAGUAAGUGAGAGUGAGUGAAGAAGAAAAAGAAAAGAAAAUAAAAAAGGGGUUGUGGUUGAAUCAAAUUGAAGUCCGAAAUCAUGGCUGUUUCUUUAACAAUUAUAGUACUCAUAAUCUCUCUGCAUCUCUUAGCCUUUGUCUUCGCUAUUGGAGCUGAAAAACGUCGUAGCGAGGCUAAAGUUGUUCCCGAUGAGUACGACGAUCGAACUUUCUGUGUUUAUACCACUGACGCUUCCACCGUUUACGGUCUUUCCGCCUUCGCUCUCUUGUUUCUCAGCCACGCCGCCCUUAACGCCGUCACCAGAUGCCUCUGCUGUGGUAAAGGUCUUGUCUCUGGUUGCUCCACCACUUUCUCCGUCCUCUUCUUCGUUCUCUCAUGGAUUAGUUUUUUGGGAGCUGAGGCAUGCUUGUUAGCAGGGUCUGCGAGGAAUGCAUAUCACACAAAAUACAGAGGGUAUUUUGUGAAGCAUGACUUAUCUUGUGCCACACUUCGUAAGGGUGUGUUUGCUGCUGGGGCUGCCUUGACCUUGUUCUCUAUGUUGGCUUCUAUUUUGUAUUAUUGGGCACACUCCAAGGCUGACACUGGUUUCUGGGAGAAGCACCAAAAUGAAGGUAUUGGAUUGGCCACACACAAUCAUGGUCCGGAAUCUGAAAAGCCCUGAAGAUUUACUGCUUUCAACAGGCUGUGCUAUUAAAUUUACACAAUUUUGGUGCUUUCUUUUUCUUUCCCUUUUUGUUGGAUUAGGGAUCUUGGUUUUAAGGGAGGACAAUGUGUUCAAAAACCUUGUUGGCAGUAAUAUUUAUGCCGUAAUAGGAGAAUGCUUUGAAACUAUAUAGGUAGAUAGAUGGUACUGGUAGUGGUAUGAUGGGGGUUUAAUAUAUUAUAGUUUCCAGUUUGAAAGCGUUGCUCUUAAAACACAUGGACGCAUCCCACCAUUUGCAUAAGUGUAUGUGUAUUGUAUGUUUGUGUUAUUGUGAUAAAAAUUUGUUCUGUAACUUCUGUAAAAUUCUUAUGAAAGCCUUCUAGUAAAGUUUUCCACUUUCCACAAAGAA